AUGGCAGCAACAACCACGGGAACGUGGGUGCAAGCCACAGAGUUUCUAGACUGGAUCAGGGCGACCCUGCGCGAGGGGGGAGGGGGCCCUGUGACUGUACAGGGCCCGCAGGGCGAGUGGCAGGUGGACGGGGAGGAUCUGAUGGAUAUUCUGCAGCAGGAACUACCGGGGGAGGUGCGAUUCACCACCACUAUAGUCACAGGGGAGGGGUGGCCGGGCGGGGGAGGGGAUGGUGCUGGAGGGGGGGUUGUGCGAGAGGGCGGGGGAGGGGAUGGGGGAAGAGGGGCGGGGAGGGGGGAAGGAGGGGAAGUGAGGGUGGGAACAAGAGAAGAGGGGACAGGAGGUGAGGAGGAGGAAGAGGUGGAGGAAGAAGGGGAGGAGGAAGAGGAUGAGGAGGAAGAGGAGGAAGAGGGAGGGGGAGGGGGAGAGGAGGGUGGGGAGGAGGAGAUGAUGGAUGGGCAGGGGUUGCUGCUGCUGGGGGAAGAGGAGAUGGGAGAGGCGGGGGCGGAAAUGUUUUCAGAUACUGAUGAUGACAGUGGUGAUGGGGAGAGGGAUGGUGAUGGGAAUGAUACGGAGGAGGGUGGUGCUGGUGUUGGUGAUGGUGCUGGUGCUGGUGCUGGUGCUGGUGCUGGUGAUGGGGAUGGGGAUGGGGAUGGUGAUGGGGAUGGGGAUGGUGAUGGGGAUGGGGAUGGGGAUGAGGUGAUGCUAGAUGCUGUUAGUCAGGGGUUAGAAGAGGAUGGGGAUGAGGGGCAGCAAGAGGGGCAGACCCAAGGGGUGACAAGGGAAGCAGCAGAAGCAGCAGCAGAAGCAGCAGCAGCAGCAGCAGCAGCAGCGCAGCAGGCAGGUGUAGCUGGUACGGGCAUUCGUGGUGUGGUUACUACAGUGCCGCCCGUUGCUGCAGUGCCGCCCAUUGCUGCAGUGCCGCCCGUUGCUGCAGUGCCGCCCGUUGCUGCAGUGCCGCCCGUUGCUGCAGUGCUGCCCGUUGCUGCAGUGCCGCCCAUUGCUACAGUGCCGCCCAUUGCCACACUGCCAGCUGCUGCUGCAGUAGUUGGAGCAGGCACUGCCAUUCCAGGGGCUGGAGGGGAAGCGCGAGCAGGGGCAGGCGGAGGGCCAGGGGGAGGGGCAGGGGGAGGGGCAGGGGGAGGGGCAGGGGGAGGGGCAGGGGGAGGGGCAGGGGGAGGAGCAGGGGGAGGAGCAGGGGGAGGAGCAGGGGGAGGAGCAAGGGGGGGAGCAGGGGGGACACGCGCAGGGGCAGGGGGAGUCCGUCCAGGGGAGGGGGGAGCUGGCGCCGCCAGGGGGAGGCUGGACGCAGUGCAGGCUGCAGCGGGGGAGGUGUUUCGGGGGUUCUGGAUGAACAUUCCCCCCAUCAGGCGCACUGCUAGGCUGAGGCGCAGGGGCAUCUCUGGGAGGGCGGAUCUGUUCGGGCAGGCAGGGGGAAGAGGGAUGGGUGCGGAGGAGAGGGAGAGUGGGGCAGUGGUGGGCGGGGGGCUGGCGAGUGGGGUGUGUGUGAAGGGGUGUGGGCAUGUGAUUCACCACUCGUGCAUGGACCAGUACUUCUCAAGUCUUUACCAGAGGUAUCUGAGUGGUUCUUUCUACGAGGGCUCGUCUGUGGUGGACCCUGAAGCGGGCGAGUUCCUGUGUCCCGUGUGCCGCCGUCUCGCCAACGCCACCCUCCCUCUGCUCCCAUCUCGCUGCCCGCCUCUGCCCUCCCCACCCCUUCCCUCGCGUCCCCUCCCAUCUCCUCUGCCCUCUUCUCCUCUCCCUGGGGCUCACCAGUCCAUCCCUCUUGCUGCACCCACUGAGAGCCAAGGACGGGCACAAGAAGCAGCGCGGAUUGGAGCAGCAACAGCAGGGGAAGGGUUUGCAGCAGCAGGAGAAGCAGCAGCAGCAGCAGCAGCAGCGCCUAGAGUAGCAGGAGGAGGGACCGGAGGGCAUGGGUCUGAGGGCAUGUCAAGUGGUGCGUCUGGUUUGGCUGGUGUAGUGUGGCGAAUCAAGGAGGCGGAGAGCAGGGUGAGAGAGCGUAACCUCCGAGCCUGUAUUGUCGCCGAACCUGCUGUCAGGUCCGGUGAAGGCAGGCUCGGCACCAGAGCUGCGUCAAGAAGGGAUCCGAAUGUUGGAACCACCAUAAGCCGCACUGAGGGCAUGAUUAGGGGUGUUUCCUCUUACCCUAGAGAAACAGGUAACGUGGUAACGGGUAAUGCGGUAACCGGUAGCACGGUAACCAUCCCUCAAGACAUGGUAACAAGACAGCCUCCACGUAUGCAGGAGGCUAUAGAGGCCACGGCUAUGCGCAUCUGCCAGGUGGCGCGUUCGGAUUCGUCGAGAUUCCGCCAUGUGGCGCUUGGUCGCGAGCUACAAGGCCUGCUGAUUUGGCAGAGUCUGGAGUACACGGUUGCCUGCGCUGAGCUGGCAGGGCGAGGGGCGCCACCUGGCUGUCCAGCUGGCAGGGUUGACACGUCAGCACAGUUCUGGGGGCUGGGGGAGACGGCGGCAGCGAGGAUGAGGACAGGUGGCGCGAUGUGGUUGGCUACUGCUGAGGCGAGAGUUGCGGCACUGGCUGCUUGUGCAGAGGAGGAAGGGUGGAAGGGGGAGUGGAUGGAGGAGGGAAGAGUAGAGGGAGAGGGGAGAGGGUGUGAGGGAGCAAGCAUGAGGAGGGAAGAGAGAGGUGGGUCCAGUAGUGAGGGGAUGGAGGGAAUGGAAAUAGGGAGUUCAAGAGGCAUGGAGGUGGGAGGGGAUGGCAGCAGUGGUGGUCAAGGGAGGAGUGAGGAAGGAGGAGGGAACAGCAUAGGAAGAGAGGUGAGCGGUGGUGAGGAGAGGAGCAGUGGUGGUGAAGAGAGGAGUGGUGGUGGGGAGGAGGGGAGUAGUGGUGAUAGGAUGGGAGAGGAGAGGAGACAUCACGAGUGGAGGAGGCAGCUUAUAGAGAGGAUGCAGGGGAGGGCGCAAGGGGGGGCGCAGGGGGGGGCGCAUGGGGGGGCGCAUGGGGGGAAGGGGAAGGCGGAGGGCACAGUUGGGGCGCUGGCACGUUUGGCAGUGGCUCAGGCGUCUCACAGCACGCAUGCUGUCAUGCUCAGGACACGUGGCAUGCUGCCAUUGGUCGACAGCUUGGCCCCUGGGACACCAUCAGAAGCAGCACUAUCCGCACCUCAUGCCGCAGCCGUCCCUUCAUCUGGUUCUCCCGACCCCUCCCAUCCCACCCACCCCUCCUCUUCCUCUUAUUCCACCUCCACCUCCCCACCUACCUCUCUCCCCGCCUCCCUCUCCGCCUCCCCAUCCCCAUCCUCCCCCCCGGAGGAAAACGCCUUUCUCCUCCUCCUCGCCUCCCCCGCUCUCGUGCGUGAUCCCUUCCUCUCCCUCUCCCGCCUCCUCUACUGCCUCCUCCCGCUCCCCCUUCCCCACCUCGCCUCGCUCUCCCACCCAUCUCAACACAAAGCUUCAGGUUUGUUCGAGCACAAAGUAAGCAGAGAGGAGGAGGGCAUGGCGGGUGUGGUGAGGGAUGCAGUGCGGUUGGCGUACACAGCAGCAGUGGCUCAAGCCUUGCUGCUCCUCACCCCUGCUGCCUUCCGCCUGCUCCCCGCUCUUGCAUUCCCUGCUGCUCUUCCUCAUAGCAGUGUCCCUACUCAUGCAUCCUCAGUCCCUGCCGCCUUGGUGCCGGAGCAGCCAGCAUUCUGUCUUCUCUGCGCUUCACUGCUUUGCGGUUCCACCAGUCGUGUGCAUGAGUCUAGGAGUGGGAGCACCAAGCGAGGUUGCUGUGGGGGGAGCUACGCACAUGCCAAGGAGUGCGGGGCCGGCCUGGGGGUUUUCCUCCUCGUGCGGCGCACUUCUGUGAUGCUGCUGCGUCGUAUGCGUUAUGCCGCGUGGCCGUCACCCUAUCUCGAUGCAUAUGGUGAAGAGGAUGAGAACCUGCGGCGUGGCAAGCCAUUGUAUCUCAGUACCGACCGCUUCCACACCCUCCAAUCCAUGGUGGCAUGUCAUGGGGUGGAUCAUAAUUCCCUCGUUCUCUCUCAUUCCACCAGAGUUCCCUUCUAG